AUUAACUUAGGAAAGCUAACCUUGGUGAUAACAAUAGAAUUCAUGUUUUUAGAUCAAAGUUUGUUAAUAAAGAAGUUUUUACUUCAGGGAAUUGUUAACAUAUUGCAAGAGAAUAUCAAACCUUACAUGCAUAGUGGUUCAGAUAUUAACAAUCUUGUUAAAAAUACCCAUGAUCCUAGAAAACUAAAAGAGAUAAUUGAUUAUUCUGAUUCUUCAGUUGACAAUAUUCAUGAA